AUAAGUCGCCGUCAUCCAGAUCUGACCCCACUGCGAUACAGCAGCCACCCAGUCUCGACCAUUCUUCUUGAUUCCACAGCCUUAACUGCGAUUUCGAGAUGGUAUCUCUCCUCUGUGGUGUACUUUCUCUGGCUCUUAUCAGCACAGUCUUCGGUGAAACCCGAGAUUUCACCAAACAUGUCAACCUGUUCCUCGGUACAGAGGGAGAUGUACCAGGCUCAGCCUUCCGGGGAGGAAACGUCUUUCCUGGAGCAACGUUGCCAUUUGGAGCAGUCAAAGUGGGAAUGGACACAACGAGAUGGAACGUUUCAUAUCAAGCGAAUGCUGGAUACACGCCCGAUGGGAACGUCACGGCCAUCUCCAUGCUCCACGUGAGUGGAACUGGGGGAGCGCCUACGUAUGGACUCAUCCCACAAAUGCCUCUCACUACGCUCGAAGGUGUUAAUCUUUUGGAUAAUAUCACAUACAUGCAGCCUCGUGUGGGUGAUGAUGUGGCCAGUGUGGGUUAUUACAAGACCCAACUUGAAAAUGGCGUCACGGCGGAGAUGAGCGCUAGCAUGCAUGCUGGCGUCAUGAAGUACCAAUAUCCGGAAAACGAAGGUCGAUAUGUCGUGGUAGAUAUAAGUCACUUUCUUCCAAGUAUUGGGAAGAAGGAGCAAUGGUACAGCAAUGGGGUCAUAGAGCGGAGCGACGACGGCACUACGUACUCUGGAUAUGGCGUGUACCGAGAAGGUUGGGCCACGGGAGGAGAUUACAGAGUGUACUUCUGCGGCCAAUUCGAUACUGUUCCAUCAAACGCACAGUUCUUCUCUGGAAAAUACACAGACCCUUAUUGGCCUAACGCCACUGAUGUGAACCCUGUAUUCACCGAUUCAACAUACAUCCAGGGCGGGACUGUGAGCUAUCAAUAUGCUGACCGCGUUGGCGCCUUAUUUGAGUUUCCCGCCAACGCUUCGACAGUCACAUCAAAAGUCGGUGUCUCUUGGGUUUCUGCAGAUAAGGCAUGUCAAUUUCUGAACGAGAUUGUGGGUUGGGAUUUGAAUGCAACGGUUGAAGCAGCCAAGGACCAAUGGAACACGGAAGUCUUGUCAAAGAUUGAUGUUACGAGCGCGAAUAAGACACAGCUGGAGAUGUUUUACACGGGAGUGUACCAUUCUCAUCUGAUGCCUUCGGAUCGCACAGGGGAAAACCCCUAUUGGGAGUCUGACGAGCCAUAUUAUGAUGACUUCUAUACACUUUGGGACACAUUCCGAUGCACGCACGCAUUAAUUUCACUCAUCCUGCCCCAUAGACAAAUCGACAUGAUUCGCGCCAUGAUCGAUAUCUGGCGGUUCGAGAGAUUCAUGCCUGAUGGACGAAGUCGCAACACCAACGGAAGAGUCCAGGGCGGUUCAAACGCUGACAACAUCCUUGCUGAUGCGUACGUCAAGGGGCUCCAGGGAGACAUCAAUUGGACCGACGGUUAUCUUGCCAUGAAAACGAAUGCUGAGGUCGUGCCGUACAACAACUUCGACUGGGAGGAUCUCAGCGGAAGCACCAAAGAAGGCCGUGGCGCACUGCUAGACUGGAAAAAGUAUGGUUUCGUGACACCGACUUUCGGGAGGAGCAUCAGCAAGACGGUUGAGUAUUCGCACAACGAUUUCUCGCUAGCUCAGGUUGCUAAGGGAGAGGCGCACAAGGACGUGGCAUUAUACCUUAAUCGGUCAACGGGGUGGCAAAAAACGUGGGCGGCAAACGUCACGUCUCUCAAUUUUACCGGCUUCCUGGCACCAACCUAUGGAAACGGCAGUAUCAAGGAGUACGAUCCGCUGAGCUGCGGCGACUGCAACUGGCAGGCAAUCAGUUACGAGGGUGUCCCAUGGGAGUACAGCUUCUCGAUCCCGUUCGACAUGAAGACUCUCAUUUCCUUGAUGGGUGGCACCGAAACCUUCGAAGAACGACUUGAUGCGAUGUUCAUCCCAGGAUUGGCUCAGUCUAACUCAGGGGGCAAUCGAGCUGGCGACACAAUCUUUAACCCUGGUAACGAACCCAGCUUCAUGACCCCGUUUCUGUACAAUUAUAUUCCAGGGCGGCAGCACAGAUCCGUAAGCCGCUCAAGGGAGAUCCAGGAUCAGUGGUACAACACCGGGAGGUCCGGCGUUCCCGGAAAUGACGAUUCGGGUUCCAUGAGUAGUUGGAUCGUGUGGAACAUGAUUGGUAUUUACCCUGUUGUCACUCAACCGGUGUAUCUCAUUCUGUCGCCGCGGUUUGAAAAUAUGACGAUUCGACUUGGAGACGACGGUGGUGUACUGAGAAUCAAGGCGAGUGGAUUGGAACAGGGUAGUUUCAUUCAAAACUUGAAGGUGAAUGGACAGAUGUGGAAUCAAAGCUGGGUCAGUCAUGAGGAUCUUGUCGGGGGAGAAGGAGGUCUGCUGGAGUUUGAGAUGGGGCCUGAACCUAAGAUGUGGGACACGGGGGAGUUGCCUCCCAGUCCGGGACAUUUGGGCCAGUGACUUUGCAUGCGAUAUUGAGUGACAUCUAUGACUAUAGCCAAAGCUAAUUUUCAAUAGAAAUUGAUGGCCACCGGGUUACUAUCCUGGAAAGCGUGC